AUGGCGGGAAAUAACUACGAGGCCGUGGGGAAGUCCAGUGGUAGAGCACGUGGUGGCAGCAAGGCCGGAUGCUGCAUGAAGUUCUGGCUUGUAGUGUUUAUACUCACGACACUUGCCCUCACUGCCGCUGUGCUCUGGCUAGUUUUGGCUCCGGAGGGUGGGAUAAAACCGGAUAAAACCAAGUCAGUAGGCGAAGAAGGCGUUAUGUCUGGGGCGUCCGUGCGACGGCUGCCUGGAAUCUGCACACUGCCACCAGCCCGGGGACCCUGUAAGGCCAGUAUUGAGCGCUUCUUCUAUGACACUACGUCGGCCACGUGCCAGAAAUUCAUCUACGGAGGGUGUUCUGGCAAUGCAAAUAAUUUUGAGACUCUAAAUCAGUGCUUGGAUGCCUGCUCGCCCUCUGCAGGUCAAUCGGUGUCGAAGGACGAUUCGAUACCCGAGUCCGGAGAUGAUGUAGUCGAUACCACAGUGUGCCAACUACCACUCGAACAAGGCAACUGUCUAGCCUACUUCCAACGAUGGGGGUUCGAUGCCAGUCAAGGAAGAUGCGUGCAAUUCAUCUACGGUGGUUGUGGUGGCAACGCCAACAACUUCGAAACGAAGGAAGCCUGUGAGCAGCGAUGCAUCGCUAAUAUACCGAUGCCAAUACCUGCCGCAAACGACGAGACCUUGGAUCCAGUGUGCAAGUUGCCCAAGGAAGUUGGUCCAUGUCGCGCAGCCUACCGCCGAUGGACCUAUGACCUCUCGAAGGGUCAGUGUGUUGAAUUCACCUACGGCGGAUGCUUAGGAAAUGCCAACAACUUCGAGACCAAGGAGGCCUGUGAAGCGAAAUGUGGAGGUAAGAUGUUGCUCACGGAAUACUCUCAGCGCGUUUAUCAGUGUAUGUCAUUUAGGCACUUCGUUGCAUUGGCGUUGCCGUAUUAG